AUGACCGACUUAAAUGAAGAAUCGCCUUUAGUAUUUGAACCAACUGAAUGUAAUGUAACGGAAUUUAUUCCUCCAAUUAUUACUCGUGGUACAAGUUUUCCUGUUGUUAGUCCGACCUAUGCUGGAUCCUUGGAUUUAAUUAAAGCUCCUCAUUAUGACUACGAGAUGAAUCAAACUGAUAUGCUAAUACAAGAAUUAACCCAUGAACAAGAUGAAGAACCUGAUGCAAUUGUAAUGGUUGAAUUCUGGAAAACCAUGGCACUGGCGUAUCCCGUCGUAAUAACCUAUACAUUAGAAUAUCUUCCUGGAUUAAUCUGUAUUAUCCUCGUAGGUCAUCUCGAGUCUCGUGAUACAAAACGUUAUGUGGCAGCAGCAACCCUUUCCACCAUGUUUACAAAUAUAUCGUCUUUAUCCAUAGGGUUUGGGUUAACAUCAGCACUGGAUACUUUAUGUUCGCAAGCUUAUGGUGCUGGUAAAUUGGAUAAACUAGGAUUAUAUCUUCAAUCAGGAUUACUUGUUGUUGGAUCGUGUUUACUACCGGUAUUUCUACUGAAUUGGCAUGCUGAAUACUUUUUAAUCUUGACUGGACAAGAUACCGAAGUUGCAAGAUUAGCUGGUGAAUUCUCACGAGUGACAGUAUUUGGUGUACCAUUUCUAUUUGCCUAUGAAAUGGCACGAAAAAUCCUUCAAGCUCAAAAUAUUGUGCGACCAAUGGUAUUAUUUGCCUUGGUGGGUACAUUUAUUAAUGUAUUUGGAGGAUAUGUCUUGACAUAUUGGACACCAUUGGGUUUUCAUGGGGCUGCACUCUCAAGAACAUUGGGUUAUAUGGUUCUACCUCUCUGUCUUAUUCCAUAUUUCAUCAUCAGUCGUAAUCAUAUACAAUGGUGGAAUGGAUGGCAAAUCAAAAAAGCAUACGCAUUAGUGCCUUUAUUCUUACGAUUAGGUCUUCCAGGGCUUGCAAUGAUUGCAAUGGAAUGGUGGGCAUACGAAUUACUGGCAGUACUAGCUGGUAAUUUACCCGAUGGUGUUGUUGCUGUUAGUGCUCAUGCAGUACUUAUGAAUGUCGCGUCGUCGAUUUAUACAGUGUUUAUGGGUGUCUCGGUCUCAAGCAAUAUCCGUGUUGGAAAUUGUUUAGGUGCUAAUCACCCCAAGAAGGCACGAGUGAUCAGUCGCACUACUUUGAGCACAGUCUUUGUUCUCUCGUGUUUUUUUGCAGGACUCGUGUUUCUCCUUCGCCACCAGAUUCCAUUGGUUGUGCUCAAUGAUCCAGUUGCUAUCAAGCGUGCAUCUGAUGCCCUUAUCGUGAUGGUGCCCUAUGAAAUCAUUGACUCACUGAAUUGUGUGAUCCAGGGAAUUUACAAAGGAGCCGGUUGGCAAGACAUGGCGGCAAAAACCAAUGUCCUUGCCUUUUAUGUCAUUGGCAUUCCGCUGGGAGCUUUGCUAUCCUUUUAUUUUGACAUUGGAAUUGAAGGACUCUGGAUUGGCUUUGGAAUUGGUAUCACUACAGCGUUUACAGUCUGUAGCACUAAUCUUUAUUACGCAAGCUGGGAGCAAAUGGCAAUAGAAGCACGUGCAAGGCUGGCUCACUGA